AUGGAAAGUUGUCGACGAUUGGGAGUCGAUGUCGACUUUCCGCCACAAAAGAUAAGAAAAGGACACGGAAAUGAAGUCGUGAAGAUUCUAACCUCUUUAGCAGAUCUUGCUUUGGAGCGUCGAGGACAUCGAUUUUUCGCACCAAAGUUCCCAACAGAGUCAGAUGAGACGGAAGAAGCCGGAACUGUCGACGACUCCGAUGUAGAGCUGGAAAUGGACGAAGAAAUAGACGACAUCGGCGAGUCCGACGAUGAUGGCGCUAUAAUUCAGAUCGGUAGCACGCCAAUCGGAGCAUCCGAUGCGCCGACCCCUCCGAUUUCAAAACUGCCCGCUGUGGACAGAGACACCUGGCGCGACGAAGUAGAGCGACUCACGCCCCAGCUAAAACUGGUGCUCCGAAGCGACCAGACGAAUUGGAGACAGAGAAUUGAUCAACUCAAAACGAGCGCGGAAAAAAUUGAAUCGGGAUCUGUCGAUACGGUGCGGAAAUUGAACGCGAUGGGCGACGAGAUCGGCGCUGACCUGGACAAAAUGAAAUCGAGAGAGCGCCACAUCAAUCAGCAACUGGACCACUUGGUUCAGCAACUUCGAGUUUCCCACGAUCGACUAGCGCAGGUCCAGGAAAACUACAAUUCUCAAACAGCGGGCGUCGCAGAGAAAUCUAACAAACUGGCCGAUGUCAACAAUCAACUGGAAAAAAUUAAAGCCGAAAUGGAAGAACGAGCUGCUACAAUCUCCGAUAACAAGCCUUUGGCUACGGCGAAAAAAGCGAGAGCCGAGCUGGAAAAAGAGAUUUGCGAACUUGAUGUCCGAAUCGCCACGAUUGAGAACGACUUGCACACUUUUACCGUCGUCCAAGCUGCAUGA